AUGUCUCUCCGCAACGAAGAAGACUUCGAUAACUUCGACGACUACCUCUUCCACAUGGCUGGCGGCGACGUCGAGCAAGCCAGUGGAGGAGAUGUCUCCAGCAACUCUGAAGCAGCAUCUUCGCAGUCCGCCGCCGUGCGCUCCCCACCCGAAGAAAGGGAUUCUGACAGCGAAAUGGACGUUUCUUCGUCCUCCCACCCUCCCUCUCCCCCUUCCUUCGGGAGUAGCGUAGAAGAAAUGGACACGGGGGCUUUCGGGCCGAGCAAUCUCUCAUCGAGUGAGGAGGAUUCCGAGGGGAUGAGCGACGCACCUUCAGACCAUGAAAGCACCGGGGCGCUCGACAACGAAGAAGUCCAAAUGGUAGACGUGGAAUCGUCUCCAGAAGAAGUCCAAAUAGCGCGUGAUAUCCCUCUUCCCUCACCCUCACUAGUAAAUCCUCCCGCUGAGGUCGGAGAAAUCCACAUGCGGGACGCAGAUCCGGCUCCGGCUUCAGAGCCGCACCAGGAGAAAUCCGUCGAGCCGGUUUCUCAGGGAGAAGAAGAAAAGGAGCAUACCACUACCACUACCACGCAAGAAGAGAAAGAAGAAGAAGAAGAAGUCACAGAGAUGCAGGCAUCUCCUCAACCAUCUCCUCCUCCACCACCAGCCGCCCCCAUAACACGCGACACUCCUGCUUCCCCGCCUUCGGCAUCCGUCCAAGAGCCCCAGCUUCCAGCCCCCGAACCAGAAUCCAUCCAAGAAGUCCGCGCUCCAGCACUUGUGGCCAACGAAGCCAUUCCGCCCCCCACACCAUCACCACCACCAUUCGCCAAAAGCGCGCGGAUCCAAACACUUCUCCCUUCGCUCGCUCUCUUGAAUGAAACGAGCGUGGCGUUCUUUUCGCGACUGGAUAUUUUGCAUGCCAAGAUUGAGGCUUUGUAA